AUGUCUCCAAUCUAUGCCUACCUUUCAGCCGGAACCAUUCCUACCGAUAAGUCCCAAGCUCGAAAACUUCGCUACCGAUUGGCAAGAUACACAGUCAUCAACGAUGUUCUGUACAAACGGGGCUACACGACGCCGUAUUUAAAAUGCCUGACCAAGGAGCAGGGGGACUACAUCCUUCGGGAGGUCCACAGCGGAAUCUGCGGCGACCAUUCUGGAUCCCGAUCGCUCGCACACAAGGUCUUCCGGCAGGGUUAUUUCUGGCCGACUCUGCACCAGGAUGCGAACAAUCUAGUCAAGAGGUGUGACAAAUGCCAGCGGUUCGGUAGUGUCCCUCAUAUUCCUGCCGAGCCACUGUCACCGAUCGUGAGCCCAUGGCCGUUCGCCCAGUGGGGACUAGAUCUAAUUGGUCCGAUGGCAGAGGGCAAGGGUCAGGUCAAAUACGCUGUUGUUGCCGUGGACUACUUUACCAAGUGGGUAGAAGCCAAAGCCCUAGCGACAAUAACGGCAGCCAGAGUCGAAGAUUUCGUUUGGAUGAAUAUUUGCUGCCGAUUCGACAUCCCCUACGCCAUCGUCACGGAUAACGGCAAGCAGUUUGAUUCGGAAGUCUUUAGGGAAUUCUGCACUCGACUCAAGAUCAACCUAUUCUUUGCUUCGCCAGCACACCCCCAAUCGAACGGACAGGUCGAAGCCAUGAACAAAAUUGUGAAGAAGCUGUUGAAACGGCAGCUUGACAAAGCCAAAGGAGCCUGGCCGGAAAAGCUUCCGAAAGUGCUAUGGGCCAUCCGGACAUCCUACCGAACGGCAACUAGGGAAACACCAUUCUCUAUGGCUUUCGGUUCAGAGGAAGUAGUCCCAGUAGAAAUUGGAGAGCCCUCCUACCGAACGGAAACCGUCGCACCGAAGGCAAAUGAGGAAGCACUCGCUUUGAGCCUCGACCUGCUCGAAGAACGCCGAGCACGAGCCAACCUUCGGAACGAAGCUUACAAGCAACGCGUCUCUCGGUACUAUGACUCCAGGGUCAGAUCCCGCUCCUUCCGAAUCGGAGAUUGGGUCAUGCGGAAAGUCUCUUUGGCAACCAAGAAUCCCACGGAAGGAACCUCGGACCUUCCUGGGAGGGACUCUACGAAAUCAUCGGUAUCCAGCGAUCGGGGACUUAUCGACUCAGAGACUCCAACGGAAAGACCCUCGGUCAUCCUUGGAACGUAG